AUUUUAGCCAAAAUUACCAAAUUUGUGAUUUAAAAUUUUAAAAAUUUGGAUAUGAUUUAAGGUUUUAAAGAUGGCCGAAGAAUCGUCCGGAAACGCCGAGCUAUUCGCCGAUGACACUGCGGAACAAUUUUCAUCUACUGCCGAACAAUUCUCAUCUACUGCGGAAAAGUUCUCAGCUCCUGUGGAACAAUUUUCGCCUACUGUGGAAGAAGUUCCCAGGCCCAAAAGGGGCAGAAAGCUAAAAAAACAAAACUCAAAAAAAAGAAAAAUCGACGUCUCAGCGUUCCUCGAUACCGAAGCUCAAGUGGGAGAUGACGAGGAUGAGAAUUAUGAAUAUGACUUUUUAUUGCCUGAUGAAUCUACUGAGGCUGAACGUCUAGAACACAGAAGUCGACUUAAACGCCUACAAGAAGAGAAGAGAGAUGGUAGGAGGGUUGGCGGUACGCAAUACCUCGAAAGCGCCAUUGACAAACUCGCCAAACGAUAUCAAGAUCAAACCUUCGAAGAAGGCGAAGACGAUCUUCAAGACACACAACCCAUACAAUAUGACGGGAUUGAGGAGACGAGUGCGUUGAUGCCGGAUUUGGGUGACCCUAAGUUAUGGCUAGUGAGGACGAAUAGGCAGACUGCGGACCGUAACUUGGCGAUUUCAAUAAUGAACAAAUCCCUGAGGUACCAAAGUCUGGGUAAAAACUUGGGGAUUUACUCCUGUUUCGUGCCAGACGGAGUUACUGGCUAUCUCUACAUCGAAGCCGAUAAUAAAACCGUCGUCACCGAAGCGCUCAGUGAAUUCAGACAAAUUAACCUCAACACACUCAAAUUAGUUCCAAUCAAUGAAAUGUCAAACGUUUUUACCACUGGCUUUGAGAAUGUGUAUGUCCCUAGGGUUGGAGAGCUGGUGAGGGUUAAAUUUGGCCGUUACUCCGGUGAUCUAGGCCAAGUCUACGAAUCCGACGAAAACUCGUCCACAGUCACACUCAAACUCGUUCCCAGAAUCGAUCCCACUCUCCUACACACAGAACACGAUGUCAAUUCUCUGAAUGGUGUAGACUCCGUAAAUGUAGACUCUGUAAACGGUGUAAACAGUGUGAACGGGGUAAAUGUGAACAAUGUAAGCUCAGGAUCUAACGCCGUAACGCAAAAUAAAAAAAAGUAUAAUAAAAUGAUGUUUGAUAGAGAGAUGGUGGAGAUGAAUGGUGGGUUAAUAGAGCACGGGUUGAUACCUGGUACGUUCCGUUACCAGGGCAUGACGUUUGUGGACUCAGGUCACAUUUUACUAAAGUUCAGUUCCAAGCGUCUGGUGACUCAGGAUUCGGUAAAUCCAACACUGGCCGAGCUGCGUGAGUUCUCAACUGACGAAUCGCUUAGCGAAGUGUUAUCCCACGUGACCAGAUCCACAGGCGCUAAAAGCUCACUAUACAAAUUGGGAGACAGAGUAAAAGUAAUUAAAGGCGAAUUAACGAGUGUUACUGGGAAAAUAACAAGUGUCGAGGGUGACGAAGUUGAAGUCCAGCCUGACGACUCGGAGUUGCCAAACUUCAGAAUUUCACUAAAUUCCCUCAUUAAAAACUUAGUGGAAGGUGACAACGUAAGGGCAAUUGGCGGUACAAAUGAAGGGAAAACUGGGCUAAUAGUGAUGGUAAACCCUAAGAACAGAAGUGCCCUGGUAUUCUCACCGCAAACCGGUGAAGAGUUUAAGUCAACACUGGAGCAUUUGUCGCUGAUACCCCGUGAAGGCCUGGGCGACGAAGCCAAAGUCGGUGGGAUUAACGGAUUUGUGGUCACAGACUUGGUCCAAACCACUGAAGGUGACGUGGGCGUCAUCGUCUCAGUGGACAGGAACGGCUCCGUCACACUGCUGACUGAGGAUAAUAAUAGAAUAAAAGUGACUCCAGGGCAAAUAACGUGUAAACGCACCUCUGUAGGCAGCAGUAGUCGUGACUUCAAUAAUCAGCCAAUAGAACCCAGACAACGGGUAAUGGUAGUAAAAGGCAGUUACAGGAAUAAAACAGGACAAGUUUUACACCUCUGGAGGAAUACACUUUUUGUAUCACUCGAGAAUGAUGUCAUAGUCGUGGCCUCUGGCGACUGUUUAAGAGCCGGUGCAGCUGCCACUACUAAACCUAAUCCUCCGACGGGAACGGCUAAACUAGUGAGGAAGAACCCGUUAAUAGGGAAAACAGUGAAGAUUUUACAGGGCCGGUACAAGGGACUGCUAGGUGACAUAAUCCACGUAGAGCCCACACAAUUCACUAUUCUACUCAAGGUUAAACCGAAGACUGUUAGGUACCCAAAGUCAGACUGCGUUGUCCUAGACAACUGGCAUCAAAACGUCAGAUACCCUCAAAACAACUCUUUCAUCAAUAGAUUUGAUAGAGGUGACAGUAUUAGAGGUGAUAGCAGCAGAUUUGACAGGGGUGACAGAGGUGACAGUAGUAUUAGAGGUGACAGCAGCAGAAUUGAUAGUAGAGUUGACAGUAACACUGGUAACACUAUUAGUAACUCAACAACUAUACCAAUUGCAAGCACCGUAAAGGAAAUGAAAAAACUAUCCCCGUGGUGUGUUGAGGGAGUGGUAGUGAGAGUGACGGGGCCUGGUGGAUAUUACGGUAAGCUGGGUGUGGUUGGUGAGGUUUUUGAGAACAUGGUAGACACUUCCUUGCAGGUGUUACAUGUUAUGGUUGAGGAGGACUACAUCGCAAUAGCAGCAGAAUCUGUAGAACCAGUGCCUCCCACCAAGUCAGGAGAACAAGCCCUAGUCUACACCAUGGGGAAAGAUAAGAUCGGAACAGUACUGAGCAUCACCGGAGAUAAAGUCACAGUUAAACUAACAGACGACACUGUCACCGUAGAUAAAAAGGAUACCGCACUCUUCUCAAAAUAGAUUUCAAUAUACCUCAAUUUUUA